AUGCGCGACCCAACAUACCGACCUAAAGCUAAAAAUACAACAACAGUAGCACCUUCAACAACAACGGUAGCACCUGCAACAAACUCUUGUGGCUCAACAACAACAUUGUAUGCAUCAGCUUUACUGCAAACAGAAGAGGUACUUCUUCAAACGGCUACUAUUAUAGCUUCGAUUGAUCGGAUUGAACGAUUAUGGGUUGUUGACGAUAUUACAUCAAAUCAUCAUAAGCUUCAAGUGGAUGAUAUUAUCGAAAAACACAUUCGGAAAAAUGGCACGCGAUAUGAAGCAUCAUUGCUAUGGAGAAACGACGAAUGCACUAUUGAUAACAACCGCGGUGGCGCUCUCAAAGGACUUCGACGUUCAUUGGUGAAGCUUAGUGAGGAUCCGGAAAAGUUAAGGCAAUACGAUGAAAUCAUACGGGAGAUGAUUUCAAGUGGUGUUGCAGAAAUUUGCGAUGAAGCAGAAAAAACCAACGAACGGACUUAUUUUAUGCCACAUCGACCGGUGUAUCGGGAGGAAAGAGAGACCAUAAAAACGCGUGUUGUGUUUAACGCAUCAGCACGAUCUGGUGGUAACCCCUCAUUAAACGACUUAUUGUGGUCAGGACCAAACCUUUUACCAGACAUAUUAAAAAUGAUUUUGAACUUCAGGCUUGGCAAACAUGGAAUUACGGCCGAUAUCGAACGAGCUUUCUUGCAGAUAGAGCUGGCACAAAAGGAUCGAAAAGUACAUCGUUUUUUCUGGAUUUUAUCCUUGGAUGAUUUGCUUUCAAUAAUCAUUCUUCAAAUGAAUAGGGUAACCUUCGGAGUCACCUGCAGCCCGUUUCAUCUGAUUGGAGCAUUGUUGAAACAUUUGGAGGAUGAAUCAAUCAAUUUUCCUGAAACCUGUGAACUACUAAAAGACUCGUUUUAUGUGGAUGACCUAAUCGUAAGUGUUGACGAUUUUGAAGACGCUGUAAAAUUGUUCAACGAAACACGUGAAAUAUUGUCCAGAGCAUCGAUGAACAUACGUAAAUGGAAGUCGAACAACGAGAAACUAAGGCAAAUUUUCGAUACAAAUGAAAGCAACAAUAUUUCAAAACACAAGGUGUUAGGACUCAUAUGGUUUAUGGAAAUUGAUACCCUUGCAGUGGAUCUGGAAAAGCUUUGUCAACGGAUAUCUUUCGAUGUAGUAACGAAACGAACCAUUCUUCAAACGUUAGCAUCUGUUUAUGACCCUUUGGGAAUGUUAUCACCAUUUGUCAUAAAAAUGAAGCUCAUUUUCCAAGAGGCUUGGAAACAAAGUUUGGCAUGGGAUGAAAUUUUACCGGCAUCAAUGCUGCACGAAUGGAAGAAAAGCGUAUCCGAAAUACAUUUACUACGAGCCCUUACGAUUUCUCGCUAUGUAUUCGAUUCACCACAUCAAGUUGAGAAGCAGCUACAUAUUUUCGCGGACGCGAGUCCAAAAGCUUACGGAUCUGUUGCAUACAUCAGAAGUAGGAAUUUGGAUGAAACCAUUCGCAUUUCGUUUUUAUAUGCAAAAAGUCGACUUGCGCCUAUUCGUGACAAACGCAUAACACUACCCAAAAUGGAACUAUGUGCUGAUCUGGAAGCCGCAAGGAUGCGCUGCUAUCUUAUUGAGAAAUUAAGAGUGAAAUUCGAUUCAAUAUAUUUAUGGACCGAUUCAAAAAUUACUUUAUACUGGAUUCGUAGCAGUAAAUUCCAGAAAGAUGUAUUCGUUUACAACCGAGUUUAA